UCUCGUGCUUUCAGAUGAAAUCCAAAUUAUUUCUAAAAGUAUUAAAGUUGGGUUCAGCUGUAGGCACCGCUACUCUAGCUGGAGUAUGUAUUUCUAACAAGAUCAAAGUGAAUUUUCCAAAUAAAUUCCACCUUGAAGCUAAAGAUCUCGAUAAUAAUGGAAUCAACAACCUCUACAUGGGAACAGGGUCUAAGUGGGACAAGGAUUGGGAUCUGAGAGACCCAGUGAGCGUGGUUCGGAAGCCGAAGGAUGAUUCAGUAGAGAAGUUAGCAGAAUACCAGAAAGAACUGGAGAAGGCCAAGCCUAAGGCUAGCAGAAUACUUGUAUUGGUGAGACACGGUCAAUACAACUUGAGCGGUACAGAGGAUGAUGAAAGGUACCUCACUGAGCUGGGACGGAAACAAGCAGCGCUAACCGGAGAGAGACUUAACCUUCUCUUCAAUGAGUUCCUUGAACCUAAAAAGGAUGAUAAUGGAAACGUGGAGAAACCUCGUAUACGUCUCGUCAAGUCGACCAUGAAGAGAGCAACUGAAACUGGCGAUAUUAUACACUCCCAUCUACCCGGUCUCAACAUAGAUAGCUGUGAUCUUAUCCGAGAAGGAGCUCCUUGUCCACCAGACCCUCCAACUGAUAAAUGGUGUCCCGACCCUUGGGACUUCUUCCAGGAGGGUUCAAGGAUAGAAGCAGGGUUCAGAAAAUAUUUUCACAGAGCAGAUCCUUCCCAGAGUGAGACCAGUGUUGAUAUCCUGGUCUGCCACGGGAACGUUAUCAGAUAUUUUGUAUGCAGAGCUCUUCAACUAGAUCCUGCUGCCUGGCUCAGAAUGUCUGUGCACAAUGGUAGUAUAACCAUCCUUGAGAUCCGACCCAGUGGAAACGUCAGUUUGAGACAGGUUGGAGAAGCUGGACACUUUCCUCCCCAGCUCCUCACCUUCAACUAGAUAUGUAUUUAUAUAUUUACAGAA